UAUAAUGAGGAAAAUGAACCUGAAAUCGGAGCGCAGAGGAAUCCACGUGGAUCAGUCGGAGCUGCUGUGCAAGAAGGGCUGUGGUUACUAUGGCAAUCCUGCCUGGCAGGGCUUUUGCUCCAAGUGCUGGAGGGAGGAAUACCACAAGGCCAGGCAGAAGCAGAUCCAAGAGGACUGGGAGCUGGCAGAGCGGCUCCAACGUGAGGAGGAAGAGGCCUAUGCCAGCAGCCAGAGCACCCAAGGGGCACAGUCCCUGACCUUUUCCAAGUUUGAGGAGAAGAAAACCAAUGAGAAAACAAGAAAGGUCACUACUGUGAAAAAGUUCUUCACUGCUUCCUCCAGAGCAGGAGCUAAGAAGGCUCAAGAGAAAACCCCUAAGCAAGGACAGCUUGGGAGGGAGAGAAAUGCUGAUAACAUUCUCAGGGAUUUGAAGGAGAUUUUUACUCCCUCCUGGGAACUGGCUUCCCCUUCUGAAGCGUUGGCUGGCAAGCUGAAAGAGAUCCAGGAGGCCAAAGCUCCCAGCCCUUCCAUCCACAGGCAGGCCAGCAUCGAGACUGACAGAGUGUCCAAGGAGUUCAUAGAAUUCAUCAGGACUUACCAGAAGCCUGGCCAGGACAUCUACAAGCAAUGCAAACUCUUUUUGGACACCAUGAGUCAUAAAAGGGAUUUGAGCAUUGAGGAACAAUCUGAGUGUGCCCAGGACUUCUACCAAAAUGUAGCAGACAGGCUGCAGACACGUUGGAAAGUGCCCCCUGAAAAAGUGGAGAAGGCAAUGGAUGAGGUUGAGAAAUACAUCAUGACUCGACAGUAUAAAUAUGUUUUUUGCCCUGAGACAACUGAUGAUGAGAAGAAAGACCUUGCUGUGCAAAAACGGAUCAGGGCUUUGCACUGGGUGACUCCCCAGAUGCUGUGUGUUCCUGUGAGUGAGGAAAUCCCAGAAGUCUCUGACAUGGUUGUAAAGGCAAUCACAGAUAUCAUUGAGAUGGACUCCAAGCGUGUCCCUCGGGAUAAACUGGCCUGCAUCACCAAAUGCAGCAAACACAUCUUCAAUGCCAUCAAAAUCACCAAAAAUGAGCCAGCAUCUGCUGAUGAUUUCCUGCCCACCCUGAUUUACAUCGUGCUCAAGGGGAACCCCCCACGCCUGCAGUCCAACAUCCAGUACAUCACUCGAUUCUGCAACCCCAGCAGGCUCAUGACUGGGGAGGAUGGAUAUUAUUUCACCAACCUGUGCUGUGCCGUGGCCUUCAUUGAAAAACUGGAUGCUCAGUCUUUAAAUCUGAGCCAGGAAGAUUUUGAUCGUUUCAUGACUGGCCAGACCUCCCCAAAAAAGCAGGAAUCUGACAGUUUCUCCCCUGAUGUGUGCCUGGGGGUGAAGCAAAUGUGCAAAAGCUUAGACCUCCUCUCUCAGUUGAAUGAGAGACAGGAAAGAAUUGUCAGUGAAGCCAAGAAGCUGGAGAAGGACCUGAUUGAUUGGACUGAUGGCAUCACCAAGGAGGUGGAAGAUAUUGUGGAGAAAUAUCCCUUAGAGAUCAAACCAAAAAGUCAAGCCUUAGCAGCCAUUGACUCUGAAAAUGUGGAGAAUGACAAGCUGCCCCCACCACUGCAGCCUCAGGUUUAUGCAGGAUAAUUAUCCUCAGCUAGCUGGGAAGGGAAUUUAAAGC